AUCGUAAUAUUUUUACUUUAGGUAAGAAAGAGUCCUUAGGGAAGGAGGUUUAAGGAUUAAUCCUUAAGUGUGUGGCAUCACGUGAUAGGCUAGCGGAAGGGGUGUGUUCCGCGUGGGGGAAAAAGAAUCAUUUGGUUUGUCGAUCACGAAAAAAAAAGAGCUCUCGCGAUAUCAAAGGCGAUUCGGCGACUGGAGAAGGGUGAAGGUGUUGAAAUGGAGGAAGAAUUAAGAGAUAUGAAAGCCCGGAAAGAUUACUACAACAUGCUUCAUGCCGUUUCAGAUGCGCAACAAGGUAUUCCUCAAUUCUGCCCCUGUGGAGCACUGACGAAGGAAGUCGUUGAUGAAGACGACACAUAUGACUACGUCCCUGGGAAGAGAUACUUCAUCUGCUGUGAAUUCGAGAAUGACGGGAUGCAUUUCAGGCAACCAUGGGUUACGGGUAUGCAACAAGAGGUUGAGAGGUUCAAAAAAGUAUUCAACGAGCAGGAAAAGCUGAAGAGAGAAUGCGAGGAGCUUAAGGAGCAGGUGAAGAUGCUGCAUUUGCGUCUGAAUGAACUUGAGAGCAGCCAUUCGGAGGUGAAGAAGAAGCAAAUGUGAGCCAAGUCACGGGUUGUCUGGAAAGCUGCUGUGUGUUUUGUUUGUUUCUGCGACUGUUUUCAUGUGAACCAAGUCACGGGUUGUCUGUAACCCUUGGCUUUAUAACUCUGCUGUUUCGGCUUUGUAACUCUACUACUCUUCUUCUCAAAAAACUUGUAUCUCUCUGCUUUCAGUUUGUUAUCUUUGCAUCGGAAUCUCUACUAUUGUAAGCUCUCUGUUUCUUGAACUAAAAGUUGUUGUCGGUUUAAAACCAUAGCUCUCUGCUCUUCUUCUA